CAAUCGAUAAGUAAACUCACUAGUGGAAGCACGUGGUGUGCGCGUUGCUCACGCUACGAUAGAAAUGUGUGAACUGUGAGACUUUUCUGUGCCUUUUUAUCGCAAUUCACGAAGAGUUCAAUGAUCGACACUUCCCAUCGAAAGGUAACACUACAAAGGUCAGAAAUUUGCUGUUGCAGAGAUACUUUCUCGAAUUAUCUCUGUCGAUCCUAGCACGAUUCGACCACGUGAAAAGUCUAACAGAUUGUGAGCGACGCUUACACGAUAUACAAGCAAAAUGAUCACAUAAGAGAUAGGUAUAAGAUGUAGAAGCGCACACAAGCCAGCAGUCCCGUUUCAAUUGAUCUCGCAGAGUGACAAAACUGAACAGCAUUUACAGAAGACGAGUUGGGCACAAACAUGAGUAACACGCACAGAAGAUGGAAGAAAUACUUCGAAUGGGUGAAACAUAUAUCGGUGGAACCCACCAUGUGGCUUUACAUGAUGGCGUUCAUGAUAACUUCGGUGGUCGAGCAAGCAUUUUUCGUUUACAAAGCUUGCCGCGUCAAUCAUGGAUACUCAGAAGAGAUCUGUUCUAAAUUGAAGAACAACGAGACCAUUAACUCCGCAGUUCAGGUGACUGUAUCGGAGUUCCAUCAGUAUAACAAUAUAGCUGGUCACGUGGUGCCUAUCAUACUAGCCCUUUUCUCUGGAAACUGGAGCGACAGGCGUGGACGCAAACUGCCAUUGCUAUUAGGACUGAUCGGCAAAUGUAUAUAUUCAUUCAUGAUAGUGAUCAUCUCCAUGAUGAAAACAUGGGAUCUGUACACCGUCGUGUAUGCUGCAACUUUGCCUAUGGGGAUACUGGGUGGCAAUGUUGCAAUCUUCGGCAGCUGCUUCGCGUACUUAUCAGAUAUCUCCUCGGUUAAAGAAAGAACGAUUAGAAUUAUUAUCCUGGACGUCGUGUAUCUCAGCACUAUGCCCACAGGAGUAGCACUCGGCUCCUACCUAUACACGGAGGUGGUGAAUUCGUCGUACGCGAAUAUGUUUAUUAUCAACACGAGCCUGCUAGUUGUAGCCAUACUCUACACGCUGAUAAGGCUGAAGUGGCAAACGCUGUCGCAACAGCAGUCGCUUUUAGGCACCAAUUUGUUGACGGACUUCUUCGAUAAGAAGCAUGUGGCAGCGACCAUGAAGACACUAACAAGACCAAGAAGGAACCAUGGCAAGAUGCACUUGUGGCUGCUCCUGCUGAUCAUGAUGCUAUACACAUUCCAACGGGACGAGAAACCUAUGAGCUACUUGUACACGCAACUGAAGUUCAAAUGGGACGUAGCCGCCUUUAGCAACUUCAGGACAUUCCAGUCAACCACGUUCGUCGUAGCGAUGCUAAUCGGCGUGCCGGUGAUGAGCAAACUGCUGGGGAUAAGAGACACUUUCAUCGUGGCGAUCGGAGCUACCUCGCACGCUCUUGGGAGAAUAGUAUUCGUGUUUGCAAAAAUACCAAUUAUGUUCUACGUUGGCGCUGCCGUGGCUGCGUUGGGUCCCGUAGUGGCACCUGUUUUAAGAUCAAUGACAUCUAAACUGGUCCCGGUGGAAGAGAGAGGUAAAGUGUUUGCGAUGCUCUCCGUAUGCGACAACGCUGUGCCUUUGUUCAGUGGUGUGUUAUAUUCUCAACUCUACAAUGCCACUAUCCACACGGUUCCAGCUUCCAUCUAUUGGCUGACGUUCUCCACUCAAUUAUCGGUGUUUCUACUGAUUUUGGUAAUUCAUUUCACGUUAAGAAACGGAUCAUGGCAAAAUCACGAAGAAUAUAUUGAUAACGAAAUUACGUAUCCGUCUGAGUCUUCCAUAUCACAGUAUGACACGUCAGUGAACGCUGAAGGGAAAUAAUAUUUAUGGAAUGUUACUGAAUCUGACAUUCCGACUACUUUUAUAUCCCUUGUUUACAAAUACAGAUAUUUUAUAGAAUUUUAUAGACGACGAACGUUCAAGAUUUAUACUUAACUAUAUACUAUAAGAAUUAUAAGACGUUACUAAUUGUAAAUAUGUGAACUGCGAAUUACAAACACCGAUGUUGUACCUUGAAAAAAAAAUUAUCUUACCAUGUUGAA